AUGGUUUCUAUAGACGUAGAACUACGAAUGAAGGGAACAUCUCUGUCUCCCAAAGGAAUUCUUAUACAGGCUACAGACGAAGUCAUCGUCUAUGGAGUAAACCGACAACACAAUACCAACGAUGCCUUUCUUGGCCUUCCUGUAGACGUUUUAGGAAAUGAAUAUUAUGCAGUGUCAUAUCUCCCAACAGUUAAAUUGAGGACUCCUCCUCAAUAUGCCCAGUUAAUGGUGGUAGCUACCGUUGACGGAACACAAGUUGAGAUCACCUUUCCAGAUAGCAACGAUUUUGACCACGUAAGUUUCGACGGGAAAGAUUAUUAUGGAGGACAAACAUUGACUGUUACUUUGAAUCGGUGUGUCGCACUGCAGCUCCAGACUGAGGGGUAUUAUGACUUGACCGGGGCAUAUCUUAAAUCGGACAAACCUGUCGCAUUUUUCAGUGGAAAUGUUAGAGCAGUUGUUGGGGCGGCCGGUAGUAGUGACCAUUUAGUAGAGCAGCUGAUAUCUACAGACAGGUGGGGCAAACGGUUCGUGAUCGUUCCUAUACCAGAACGAGCUGUUGGAGACUUCUUCAAGGUUAUAGGAAACACGGACGCUACUGAAGUUGACUUUACAUGCAUCAGUAGUACCUCUAUGAUUACAUCUGAUAAAAUCCUCUUGGCCAAAGCAGGAAGCUAUCAACUUGUAGAAAUGAACCCGAAAUCAUACUGUUAUAUAGUCGCCAACAACAGCAUCUUUAUUGGUUAUUUCGUGAAGAGUCAAUAUAAUAGGGAUAAUCAUGAUCCAGCCUUAAUUUUGAUUCCUCCAAUAGAACAAUACGCAGCAGAAUAUGUAUUCGCAACUCCUAAGAAAACGGUCGGGAGCUAUGAAAAUUUCUUUUUGUUUGUGGUGAAGGACAAAGAUAAAGCCGGUCUUCGCCUUGAUGAGGAGCCUUUCCCCUCAACAAUCGAUUACGUUAGCAUACCAAACAGCUCCCUUGUUGCAGGCUAUAUGGUAGUCGAGGAUGGAUUCCACAAAUUCAAUCAUAUAUCACCGAUAUCUGUGUUUGGUGGGAUCAUGUAUGGCCGUUAUACGUAUGAGACAUACGGCUUACCAGUGGGGCUGCGAAUGGCAAAAAUAAAUAAGGCGUGUAACGUAACAGUAGACGAGAUCGGAGACGGACUAGACAACGACUGUGACGGCCUGAUAGACGAGGAGCUAUGUACUGGUACCUAUGCUGGGCAAGACGAAGAUGGGGACGAUAAAGUGGACGAGGACUGUGCACAGGCAUUGUUCGGCACGAAAGAGGAUAACGCAAGCAACGACUGGGCUGAAUGGAGUACUUGGGGAGACUGCAUUCAGACGCGGAACCGCACGUGUACAGGGGGCAGCUACUGCUCUGGUCCCAACUCUGAAUCACUUUCCUGUGAAAAAGCGGAGCCUGCGGUCAGCACUUCCACAACGUCUACCGAGGUCAUUCAGGUUGACUUAGACAAGCUAACGAAGGAACUGGAGAAAACACUGCGACUGGACAGGAAGAGCACAUCUAAGUACAAACGUAGUCUUCAUAGUGCGUCUGACGACAGGACGAGUUGUGCAGUUAUUGGGUACGUCUUUAUCAGUAUCCUGGCAGCUCUUACGGCAGCCUUCCUAUUAGCAGACCUGGGCACGUAUUACCAUCAAAUCCAGCAACCGCAUGCAGGAAAAGUCUGAAACGCAGGCGAAAAGUCUGAGACAACAGUUAAAACUUAAUUUAGACAGUCCAAUACCGCUCCUUUGUGAGAACGUUGUCAACAUAUCGUUAUUACCAUCGGUACACAUGUGUUACUAAGUUAUUCGCUGAUGACACAUCAUUACAUGUAUAUGCUUUGAUUAACAAUGAUUCUAUUCAGGUAGCUAUCCAACUUAACUAAGACCUUGGAAAUAUUUCAAACUGGGCAGAGAAAUGGGGAAUACUAUUUAAUCAUAACAAAAUUGAAUCAUUAAUAGUCAUUAAAAAACCACAAUGCAACUAUUUCUCAUCCAAACCUUAUUUUCAAUAACACUAUCAUAAGUAAUAUCAUGAGUAAUAAGUAAUGUAAAACAACAUAAACAUUUAGGUCUUUUAUUUAAUUACUUAGCUGGCU